GAAGGAAACAGGCAGAGAGACAGAGCCCGUACGUACAUUCAUCCAUGGACAUGUCGGCGCCGGUGGGAGGAAGAGGAGAGGCUUGUUGCUGCCGAGGCGGCGGUGAUGAGGCCAAGGAGAAGAGUGCCAAGAUGGCGCAGGUGGUGCCGGUGGACGAUGUGGUCGCCGCGGCGGCCGUGAAGGAGGCCGAGCUGGUGGUGCCGUACGUCAUGGCCGUCGACGACAGCUCCGUCGACCGCGCCGUCAUCACCGCCCUGCUCCGCCGAUCCAAGUACAAAGUAACUGCCGUGGAUAGCGGCAAGCGGGCGCUGGAGAUACUUGACUCGGAGCCGAACGUGAGCAUGAUAAUCACGGACUAUUGGAUGCCGGAGAUGACCGGCUACGACCUGCUCAAGAAAGUCAAGGAGUCGUCGGAGCUGAAGCAGAUCCCCGUGGUGAUCAUGUCCUCGGAGAACGUGCCCACGAGGAUCACCAGAUGCUUGGAAGAAGGCGCGGAGGAGUUCCUGCUCAAGCCCGUCAGGCCGUCCGACAUUUCCCGCAUAUCCACCCGGAUGCUGCAGUGAAACUGACCGAUGGAGAUGGCCGGGGUGUCGUCUUGCUGUCUGUGGUGCCCAUAUGCUACGGAGUGCACACGGACGACAGCCCUCUUGGAGUCCUGGUAGUUGUAGGGAUCGAGGGGAAUUCAACAAGAGCGGCUAGGGAGGAAUGAGAUCAUGUUUAAUGUUUUAGGGAAAGGAAUGAGAUCAUGUCUAAUUUAUUAGCGGCUUAAUGGGAUCCAAUUCACUCCCUGGCUGCCUUCUCUCUAGAUCCAGCUCUGCUAAUUAGCUGUAGGCACUCCUCGGAAAAAAAAUAUUUGUAGGCAUGCCGUUUAUUUGUUUUAGGAAAAGUUUGGUUUUGACUUUUAUGAACUCCGUUAACUCCUCACUGGAAUAACUAUCAAGUUCUACUAAGACGUUGCUGCGUUGCUACA